AUGGCAGUCGAUGCCGAAUUGGAUGCAGAGGCUCAAGCGCUGGUGAAAGCCGCCUUGCAAUUUGUCAGAGACGUCACUUCGGAAGCCGAUGCUGCAGAAGGAGGCGUCUCUGAGGCAGCAGAACUUCGCAAGCAGCUCCAAGAAGUAGAAGGUGAGAUGCGAGAAGUCGAAGAGCUGGCCAACAACUCCAGCCUCCAUGCUUUGAGAAGGGCGCUCUCUGCUGUGGAGCUUUUGCUCUUUUACACUGUCAAGACGGAGGUUGCUGGGAAAUGCGCAGCCGUGAUGUACCUGACCAGCCGCCGGCAACAGGUGACCGUCGCACGCAUUGGUGAGGUCCUGUGGCUGGCAAGGGACGCAGAGGAACUUGCCCGUGAUGUGCAGGAUCCUUGGAUGGAGGCAACCGCGCUGAAGGUGCUUACUCGCAUCCAUUUGAGCCGAGUGGGUGAGCCAGAUGCUCCAGUGGCUGCCAUUACAGAAGCCACAAAGGCCUUGCAGGUCUUGCAAGGCCUUGAGGGUGAGGAGGACCAGGAAUACCGCAGAAUGCACGCCGAGAUCAUCUUCGUGUUAGGCGAUGCGCAGCUCACAAAGGCUUUGAAGUCGCCCUUUAGUCAGGCCCGCGAGGAGGCCCUGGAGGCUGCCGCUUCGACGCUGCGGACGGCGGCGGAGGCUUUCCGGAAGCUUGGGGACGUCAAGUGGACGGGCCGGUCAAUGCUCGGAGCAGCCCUCGCGUUGGUCGGUGUGGAAGACGAGGACCAACAGAUGGACGGUGAAAGGCUAGCAGAAGAUGCCAAGGACCUGUUCCACGAAGCAGCUGAAUGGGACUUGGAAGUUGUGGCUGUGAUGAUCAUUGUCAAGUGUCGAAUUACUACUUCCGGGCUCGACUGCGCCCUACUGUCUGCCGAGGACGCAGCAGAAGACUGGAAGGAAGAAGGUGGCAGGCCUGAACACGUGGCCAUUGCCUUGCACACAGCUGCUUCCAUCUACUUUCAGCUCAAGGAGGGGCUUGAGAAGGCAGCGCUAUUCUGUGAGGAAGCGUUGAAGCUCUUUCGCACGGCGCAGUGGCGCCGAGCCGAGUCCGCCGUGCUGCAGACGCUGUCAAGAGUAGAGACGCUCAACCGGAACUAUGACAAGAGCAUCUCGUCAAUCAAGGAGGCCAUUGCCAACUACUGCGAGAUGCAGGACCGGCGCGGGGAGGCGGAGUCGCUGACCUUUGCGGCCGAGGCCUCCCUGAGCCGCCUCAACGCCGAGGAGCACAUGCUUCCGACAGAUCAGGCCAAGGCUCUGGCGGACGAGGGUCGGGACUUCUCCGACCAAGCUGGCAGCAUCUUCCGUGAACUGGGAGAUAAAGAAGGCCUGCAGAUGGUGGACGAGGUCAUGUAUCUGGCCUCCAACGUGGCCGUUGAGCGCUACUGCGAGGCCUGGCCACCCACCCGAAUGAUCACCACCCUCAAGUCUGAUGGCAAUGGUGCUUCGGAGAUGUACGGCGAAUGGCUCAUCGAUCGUGGUGAGGGCAACGAUGCCUUGCGUGUGCGGAGGUUAAUGAAGAACGGCCGUUGUGAGGGCGCAGUGCAGUACCUGUAG